UUACAGAACUCAUCUGGAUCGAGCUGAAAGGUUCAGAGUUCAAACCUUCCUUUACUCCAGCUAUGGAAACCCACAAACUGGAAAUGCCGCUUAUUUUCUUGCUAACCUGCUUGUGCUACGUGGCUCCUGUCCAUCCAGCAGCGCCUCCAAACGUCACCAUCUCCCAUCUUUCCUACAAGAACAUGGACUUCGCCAUGAACCUUUACAGAAAAAUAUCCAGCCACCACGACAAGAACGUCUUCUUCUCUCCUCUGAGCAUCUCCACCAGCUUCGCCGCCCUGCUGAUGGCGUCUGGCGGCGUGACGCACCAGGAGAUCCUCAGGGUACUGAACUUGGAGCAGUUGGAGUCGGCCGACCAGCCGGAGCUUAUCCCGAGGCUUUUCCAGCUCCUUCAGGAGAACAUCGAGCAGAACGGCUCUCUGAAACUGGACCAGAACAUGGCGCUUUUUGUCCGUCAGCAGGUGGAGGUAAAGAAUGUGUUUGAGGACAAUAUCAGGACGUUUUUCCAAGCCGACGUUAAAAGCGUGGACUUUGCGGACACGAAAGGGAGCGUCAGUUACGUAAACGAAUACGUCAGGCAGAAGACGCAGGAUAAAAUUACCGAAAUGAUUUCCGCACUUGAUGAAACGACUCAGCUCCUGCUGAUCAACAGCAUUUUCUUCCGAGGUGCCUGGCAGUCGCCUUUUGACUCGGAUUUGACCAGAGACGCUCCUUUUUACAUUGAUAAUUACAAUGUUCUGCAAGUUCCCAUGAUGGUUAAAGAGGACAAGUUCUACACUGCGGAGGAUGUUCCGCUGGGAGCCAGACUGCUGAAGCUGCCAUACCAGGACGGCGUCUCCAUGCUUAUCCUGCUACCAAACAAGGGUAUCGAUUACACUGUGAUUGAUGAUGAGAUCAAUGCCGAGAAGUUCCUGAGCUGGGUCAAAGACCUCCGCAAAACGAGGCUGGAAGUCAACAUGCCAAAAUUCAAGAUGGCGGAGGAAUAUUCCCUGCAGGGUCUUCUUCCAGAUAUGGGCAUGACCAGCCUGUUCAGUAAUUCUGCGAACCUUACACAGCUCAGCAUGGAACCAGGCCUCAAAAUCUCAGAGGUGCUGCACAAAGCUGUGGUUGAGGUGGACGAGACGGGAACGACCGCGGCGGCUAGCACCACAAUCGGCAUCACUCCCUACUCUCUGCCCAAGAUGUUCGUCAUCAACAGGCCGUUCUUCUUCUUCAUAUACCACGAAGACACCAACUGUCUCUUGUUCAUGGGGAGAGUUAUUAACCCCUCCAGCAACUAAUUACUGCACUGUUUAAACUCUGGAGAAGUCAGUUGAUGUGUUUUCUUUGAAACAUCACUUGUCCAUGCUUUACUGGGUUUCAGUAAGUUUUUAUGUCACACUUAGUAAAUCAAAUAUAGCCUUUUGAACUAAAAUCAGUAUUUUCCAUGAUUGUCUGACUUUAACGCCUCUUUACAGCUACUGACAGAAGGUUUUGGUGAACUUUUAAGGUCCCAUUUUUAACCUAAACCUAAUUAAAAACAUUCCCAUGAUAAAUUAAGAAAUGCAUGAGAUAGUUUACAUUUUAGAGGUCAGUGGUCACUUCACUGAAGUUUUCACAGGAAUAACAGACCACAACCGACUGAAUAGCUAAACUCCACAAAUACUUGAGGGCUACUUCUAAAAAAAAAAAAAGAAAUGUUUCUAACUUCAACUCAUAACCAAAUAUACAUUAAUAAAUACAGUUUCACAUAAAAAUUCAUAAAAGUAGUCGCAUUUCAAAGAAAGAUUUGUUACGAGGCAAUGGUUUUGCAAAUAAACUGAAAUCACAUUCCAUAUUAAAAUUCACAAAUAAAAAUGUUUCUUUUUGCAAAUAAAUGGUAGUUUCGUUCCACUUAAAAAUGUGAAAACAGGAAGAUUUUUGUGAAUAAUUUGGAGUCUCAUUCCACCGAAAAAUUCACAAACAAAUGAUUCUGUAAAUACUGAACUGCAAGCAGGCGUCUCACUGCCUCUCAAACUAUUUUUUUGUAUACAGUUAAGCCCCAAAUUGUUUAUGCACCUGACAGAUUUAGGUUUAAAGUAAUCUUUUAUUUGUACUUUAAUCUGGUAGAAAAUUAGUGCAUGGAGCUAAAGAUUGGGGUUAUGGCAGUGAGCCUCUCCAAUCUCAAAGACUUUGAGCUGAUCACCAAGGAUAAAUUGUGAAAAUACCAGUUAAAAGUUGGCAAAAAAAAAGGUAAUCAAUUAUAAGAAGGGACUUAUUGUUGUAAAGCCAAUAAAGGUUUUUCCAUUAAUUAUUGAAAAGGGUAUAAAUAAUUUUCUAAAUUCCAUUUUUUUUAAAGUGUUACUUUGUUGUAUUAUCUUUUGAGAGAUUGUCUCUUAUUAUCUAGAAUUGGAAAUAAAAUUCUUGGUAUCAAUAAAACUA